CAUCAGCCCCGCGGAGGUGAAAAAGUAACCCCUACUCUUUUCCUCAUCCUUAUCAUCGUCACUAGUACCACUACUCCCAAGUCUAAAGUAGAUUAUAUUCAACAAUCUAACUUUUAAUUUAUUAUUUUUUUUUGCUGUCACCUUAAACUGACGACGGACGUCUGGCGAUCCACUUUCCAUUCCUACAUACAUCCGCCGCUCCACGUUGCACCGUGGCGAUUACCUACCUUAAGCGGGUCUAAUCCAUUAUCCACCUCCGAGUACCUGAGUUGAUAUACCCUUACGAGUUGCUAGGGUCUAAUACGGCUUGACGACCUAUACCCACUAGUGUCAUCUUCCUGGUCACCUUUUCUUUUCUUUUCUUUUCUUUUUUUUUUUUAUAAUCAAUCAGUAUCGAACAGGCCGCAUCGACUAACCUUUCGCUAUUUGCCGUUUGAGAGCUUCCAACGAUAUCAAUUGACAAGAUAUAUUGUCUUCACUGCCCUAGCCUAACCCGCAGGACACUAGUUCUCAACCGAGAUCAAUCAUAAUCGGUGGCGAUCAGUCUUCUAUACCGUGCACGGUAUUCCAUGAUUAAGGCACUACUGGCCACAUACCGGACUUGCUAACGGAACGGAUUGGGUAAAGAUGUCGAUCAACUGGGUGAUGCUACAUGAGCAUGAAGGCUUUGUCCGUCUUCCUCAUGAGCAUUUGAUAUAUACGUCCCCACCUCGCACUUGCCUUUCUUUGAAACCACUCGACUCAUAUAAAGGCAAGGAUGCCAUAUCAUUCCAAAGUGAUUCGGGCCGAAUUUAUCUUACAAAUCAUCGAGUCGUAUAUAUACCUUCCAAGAAGUCCAAUGACUUCCAAUCAUUCUCUGCACCUCUUCUUCACAUGCAUGAUACUCAUGUAUCAGCCCCACUUUUUGGUGCAAAUGUGUGGCAGUCUCUUGUCCAGCCAGUACCUGGUGGAGGCAUACCCUCAUCAUUGCCAGCAGUACAGCUGAAGGUGACUUUCAAGGAGGGAGGAGCGUUCGAUUAUCACAAUAAAUUCGAAGAGAUCAAAGAACGCCUACGAGUGGCCCAUGAGAACACCCGACAAAGCAGCCGAGGGGUUGGGAAUGUUGAUAUGUCUACUGUUCAUUUGGACCAAUUGCCCGCUUACUCCGGCCCAGUUCAUGAUUCGACUGGCUCCAACCGUGACAACCAACAUCCUCCAUCAAACUCCCAGGAUAGCCAUGCUACUUCAGAAUCGUGUCCCAUGGGACCGCCGCCAGGCUAUGAAGAAGUUCAGCAGCAGAGUGUCGCCGAUGAGCUCGAAGAAAGGUUACGUCGUGCCAGCUGAGAAAGCAUAUUAUUUCCUGGACCUAAUUAGACGCAUUUUUCGUACCUCGACAUAUCUCAUCUCUCUUUUUUAUCUUUCCAUGGAUCUUAAUGACUAUAAACAAUCCGUUCUUGUACAGUACACCUAUUACUUACUAUAGCUAAAGGGUCGAUCUAGCACCUAGUGCGUUUAAGCACCAUUAGCUUUUCUGGCUUUUUCUUUUCUUGUUAUUUUUUCCUAAAUAGGAUUAUAGAACCUAUUCUUAAGAUAUAUAUUAUUGAAUAUACCACUCUAGCCAUUUCUAGCAGUUGGAAAG